AUGGUGUCGAUCAAAAGACUCCCCUCUCUUCUUCCGGACGAGCCAAAAGACCAUCACAUCGGCAACCCGCCCAAAGCCUUCCACAACCCGUGGCCUUCGUUCAACCCCAGCCGCCACAGUCUGGGGAAUAUCGUCAAAGUUCGCUUUGGCAAAGAUCGGCCCCAAUUUGCCCCAGUUCCCAGUGACCGCGCCGAGCUGGUGCCCGUUCAGAAGGUCGAUUUUUCCACCGCUCACCCAGGGCCAAAGGUGACCUGGAUCGGCCAUGCGAGUUUCCUGGUGCAGACCUGCAAGGACGACUCCGCGACGCGAGGCGUCAAUAUUCUCUGUGACCCGGUCUUUUCGGAGAGGACAUCUCCCUUUACAUGGUUCGGCCCCAAAAGAUAUACGCCCACUCCGUGUACUUUGGAGGAGCUCCUCGAUGCUGUCGAAGUAGACCUCGUCAUCAUCAGCCAUAACCACUAUGAUCAUGCUGAUGCAGAGACUCUGAAGGCGGUCUGGGCCAGAAGAAGAUCAAAAGUUCAUUUUCUGGUAGGACUGCACAAUUCGCGCUGGCUGACUGCCAUGGGUAUCGAUCGUUCAUCCAUCACCGAGCUGGAUUGGUGGGAGGGGGUCGAGGUUGAUGUCGACGGUGUGGGAAAGGCUCAGAUCACAUGUACACCCACCCAGCACUUCUCACGACGUGGUAUAUGGGACUCAAACCACGAUCUGUGGUGUUCGUACGCUAUCCAAGAUCUGCAAGGCUCGGGCAAGAAGAUCUACUUCGCUGGAGAUACCGCCUAUCGGUCCAUCCAUUCCAUGAACUUGUCCCGCGAGGAAGAAGACGCACAGCCUGCAUGUCCGGCCUUCAAGCAAAUUGGCGACCUACUGGGCCCAUUCGACCUUUCCCUCUUGCCCAUUGGGCUCUGUGAGCCGAGAGACUUCAUGUCAAACGUGCACGCCAACUCGUGGGAUUCGAUUCGAAUCCAUCAAGAUGUGAAAAGCAAACGGUCAAUUGGUAUGCAUUGGGGCACAGUCCGCGGCGGUUUAUCCCAGUAUUACGAGGACGUCCGCACCCCGAUGAAGCACUGGAAGAUGGCUGCUGAAGAGGCGGGCUUGAAAUGGGGAGAGGAGAUUGGUGUUUUGGACAUUGGCGAGACGUUGACAUUGGACUGA